UCCACAAACAAAUCACAAUCACAAUCCAAGAAAAACACCAAUCAAUCGUCAAGAACAAAGGCAAAUGGGGGGCAUCACUCUAGGCAACCCACAAGCAGUGUCUCAAUCUCACUAUCACACCCAUAAGAUCUUCUUGUUCUCGAACUACAUUCUACUGGGUGCAGCCUCCAGUUGCAUAUUUUUGACCCUUUCGCUUCGCUUGGUGCCUUCAAUAUGUGGGUUUUUUCUCAUUCUGCUCCACAUUUUUACUGUCGUUGGGGCAGUUUCAGGUUGUGCUGCAGCGUCAUCAGGGACUAAUAGGUGGUACGCUGCACACAUGGUGGCCACAGUGCUGACAGCAAUAUUUCAAGGUUCAGUAUCGGUGUUGAUCUUUACUAGAACAGGGGAUUUCCUUUGGCAAUUGAAGUCAUAUGUAAGGGAAGAAGAUGGUGAGGUGAUACUGAAGCUAGCCGGUGGAUUGUGUGUGUUAAUUUUCUGCUUGGAGUGGGUGGUGCUUACUCUUGCAUUCUUCUUGAAGUACUAUGCCUAUGUGGAGGGUGAUGUUAGUGGUGGCAAUACUGGUAUGAAGAGAAGUGCUAAGGUGCAGCAAGAGGAGGACUUGAAGGAUUGGCCGUGGCCUUUCCAAGUCUAAAUUUAUAAUUUAUAUGGCUCGGGAAUUAAUAAAUAUGGAGAGUAUGGUAUUUGUUGUGGUGCUGCUGCCACAUGAUAUAUAUAUAUAUAUAUAUA